CGUGUUUCUUCCGGAAAAUUCGAGAAACCUCGCCGGGGCGAAGUUUUUUAGCCGGCCCGGCCGGAGGAUAUCUUCGCACGUGAUCUUCGCGAGCAUCCGCGGGAUAGCUUCUUCUCUUCUGUACAAAUAAUUCGCGCGCGAGAGAGUACGCUGUUAAGCCGGUUGAGCGAGUGAUUUUCAGUCAAAUCCCGCGAUAAUUUCUCCCGCUGAAUGUUAACCUUUAAUCGCCGCGCCACGCGGGACUUUACAUAACCACGUUCCAGAGAGCUCACUAUCGAGGAUCAUCAACUCCGUGAUAAACCGCUCUCACGCGAAUUUUUCAGUAUUCCCAACGAGACAUUAAAUUGCGAAAUAUUCGUAUUUACAAAUGCAUAGACUACCUACCCUGUUGAGAGGAGCCGCCCUGCGCCAGCUGCAGGUGCGCACUUAUGCCAAAGACGUACGUUUUGGGCCGGAGGUUCGUGCCCUGAUGCUGCAAGGCGUGGAUAUUCUUGCAGACGCCGUCGCCGUCACGAUGGGCCCUAAAGGACGUAACGUUAUUCUGGAGCAGAGCUGGGGAAGCCCAAAGAUCACGAAGGACGGCGUGACCGUGGCGAAGGGCAUCGAGCUGAAGGACAAGUUUCAGAAUAUCGGAGCCAAGUUGGUGCAGGAUGUAGCUAACAAUACCAAUGAGGAGGCUGGAGAUGGCACGACAACCGCGACCAUAUUAGCUAGAGCGAUAGCCAAAGAGGGAUUCGAGAAGAUCAGCAAAGGUGCCAAUCCCAUUGAAAUCAGACGAGGUGUAAUGUUAGCGGUGGACAGAGUCAAAGAUGAAUUGAAAACGCUGAGCAAACCUGUCACGACGCCCGAGGAAAUCGCCCAAGUGGCAACGAUAUCCGCCAACGGCGACCAAGCAAUUGGCAACCUGAUCUCGGACGCCAUGAAGAAGGUCGGGAAAGAAGGCGUGAUCACCGUGAAAGACGGCAAAACGCUCACGGAUGAGUUGGAAGUCAUAGAGGGGUUGAAGUUCGACAGAGGCUACAUCUCGCCGUACUUCAUCAACUCGAGUAAAGGCGCCAAAGUCGAGUACCAGGACGCGCUCAUUCUCUUCAGCGAGAAGAAGAUCUCCACCGUUCAGACCAUCAUACCCGCUUUGGAACUGGCGAACUCGCAGCGCAAAUCCCUCGUCAUAAUCGCCGAGGAUGUGGACGGCGAGGCGCUGUCGACCCUCGUCGUUAACCGUUUGAAAAUCGGGCUGCAAGUGGUUGCGGUCAAAGCCCCCGGUUUCGGUGACAAUAGGAAAGCCACUCUUCAGGAUAUGGCGAUAUCCACCGGUGGCAUUGUGUUCGGCGAUGACGCCAAUCUUAUCAAAUUGGAAGACGUCCAGCUAAGCGACUUGGGCCAGGUGGGAGAGGUCAUUAUUACAAAGGACGACACUCUCAUUUUGAAAGGCAAGGGAAAGAAGGCCGAUAUCGAUAGGAGAGCUGAUCAGAUCAGGGAUCAAAUCGAAAACACCACGUCCGACUACGAGAAGGAGAAGCUGCAGGAACGUUUGGCGAGGUUAGCGUCUGGCGUCGCCGUCCUGCGAGUCGGUGGCAGCAGCGAGGUGGAGGUUAACGAGAAAAAAGACCGUGUGCACGACGCGCUCAACGCCACUCGCGCCGCCGUCGAGGAGGGAAUCGUUCCCGGAGGUGGCACCGCGUUGCUGAGAUGCAUACCGAUGCUCGAGCAGCUCAAGGCCGUGAACGGCGAUCAGGAGACCGGGAUCAAGAUCGUGGCGAACGCCCUGCGUAUGCCAUGUCUGCAGAUCGCGCAGAACGCCGGCGUCGACGCCAGCGUCGUGGUGGCCAAAGUGAGCGAGGGCAAGCUCGGUUACGACGCCCUGAGAAACGAAUACGUCGACAUGAUCGAGAAGGGCAUCAUCGAUCCCACGAAGGUCGUACGCACGGCGCUCACGGACGCCGCCGGGGUCGCGUCGUUGCUGACGACGGCGGAAGCUGUCGUCACCGAGAUACCCAAGGAGGAGUCGCAGCCGCCGAUGGGUGGUAUGGGCGGUAUGGGUGGAAUGGGUGGAAUGGGCGGUAUGGGCGGCAUGGGCGGCAUGAUGUAAAGAGAGAAACGCACGAAGACUGAGAGAAAAAAAAGACAGCCCGUGUGUCACGAUCUGGUUCGUAUAUGAUGUAUACGCGAUUGUGUGCCGCGCACAACAUUGUUCAAUUAGUUAGAUUCCAAGCAUCGAUUCCGUUCGAACGGAAUAGAGGGAGAUAUAUCCGUACGCAGUCUCUCCUAUAAUUUGUACUUUGAAGCAUUACGAGCGAUAAGAUUACCACUGGUGUAGUGUGAAGUCGUUACGAAACGCGCCGUUUCCCUCCCUUCCCUCCCCGACUUCGUUUUGUUUUGCGAAUCUGUAAACAUUGUUAUGAAUCCACGCGCAGAUCGCUCGCUUUUAUUUCAUUCAAUAAACUCACGGUACUCGCGUGCACGAAUGUUUCAAAUACAAAUGCAUUUAAUAAUGUAAAAAGGAAGAAACGGUUACUACGUAGAAACGAACUUGUUAACGUGUUUAUACAGAAUGUGGAAUUGCGAUGAAUUGGCAAUUCAAUCGAUUACACGAUAAGAAUUUUUAAACCGAUUUAUUCUGUCCAUCAUUUUGUAUUCCCGAUAUUCCAAAUUGUGUUUCACGAAACCCAGUUACAAAAAUAAACUGUUCAAUACUUUAUACAGCUUUCUAGUUUUUAUAGUCGUCUCAUUCGCGUCGAAGAUGCAAAUGUAAAAAUGAAUGUGCGUAUUAAUUGUGAAAAGGGUUAAUUACUUAUGCUUUCAUAAUUUUGUAAUUGUUGAAUUUAUUUUCCGUCUGAAUAAAAACGUAUGUUUAAAUUACAA